AUGUGUCCCAGGAUCAGGAACCUGGCGCUCUACGCCUGUUCCAUCACGCUGCUGGCCUGGGUUCUUUACGUGAAGAAAGAGGCAAAGUUGGCAGCAUCAUCAGCAGCCCAGAAGGUGGAUGUAGCUCAUCACAAACCCAAGUCUUUGGUUCUGGACAACGCUGAAUCCAGCAAGUGUUUGCCAGACUUGACUCUUGCCAAUUCUUCUCUUGCCCUCCCGGAGCUUCACCGUGUGUUUUUAACGUACAAGCAUUGCCGGAACUUCUCGGUCUUGCUGAAACCUUCCAGGUGUAGCAAAGAGACGUUCCUCUUGCUGGCGAUCAAGUCUUCCCCAAUCAACGUAGACCGGCGGGUGGCAAUUAGGAACACGUGGGGGAAGGAGGUCUCCAUUGGUGGCAAACGCAUCAGGCUGGUGUUCCUUCUAGGGCGCUCAGAGGCCAAAAUCCAGGUGCAGCCCCUGCACCAGCUGCUGGCUUAUGAGAGCCAGGAGUUUGAUGACAUCGUGCAGUGGGAUUUUGUUGACAACUUCUUCAACUUGACCCUCAAGGAGCUGCAUUUCCUCCGCUGGUUCAUGGAGGACUGCCUGCACGCCAGGUUUGUGCUGAAGGGUGAUGAUGAUGUCUUUGUCAACACUUAUAACAUUGUUGAGUUCCUCCAAGAACUGGACCCGGAUAAGGAUCUCUUUGUUGGGGAUGUGAUCACCAACGCCCGGCCCAUCAGGAACACCAAAGUCAAAUACUUUAUUCCAGAGUCCAUGUACAGAGCCCCCUUCUAUCCUCUUUAUGCGGGUGGAGGGGGCUAUGUGAUGUCUAGAGAGACAGUGCGCCGUCUCCAGAGCACCGCAGAGGACAUGGAGCUCUUCCCAAUAGAUGAUGUCUUUGUGGGAAUGUGUCUGGCAAAGAUGGCAGUGGCCCCAAAGAACCAUGCUGGCUUUAAGACUUUUGGGAUCCAGAGACCUUUUAAUCCUUUUGAUCCGUGCUUGUACAAAGAGCUGAUGAUUGUGCACAAACUAAACCCGACUGAGAUGUGGAUCAUGUGGACGCUGGUGAAGGAUGACAGCCUGAGGUGUGCAGUAUCGGUAACGCACAACUACAGAAGGGCUUGGAAGAGAAGCUACUGA